CGUUGCGAACUGCAGUUCCACCUUAAAAACAAAUUGAAAUAUUGCUUUAGUUUUUAUCUGUUCCGCCCUGUUUAGAAUCUAAACGCAACACAAAAAUUCGCGCUUUUAUUUUGAGAGCCGGAGGGGGCUCUCCUCUUCGAGACAAGCCCGGAUUUUAGCGUAAAAAAAGCGCGGGUAGCGUUAAAAACAAUGUCGUGCGAAGAGAGCUACUUGGCCAUCCUGCGCUAUCUGACGGACGAACGGGAGCCGUAUGCGCCGGGGACGUCCGGUAACACCAAGAGGAAAAUACGGAAAGCCGCCGCAUGCUACGUUGUCCGGAACGGGACUUUGCUGUACCAGCGUCGGCAGAAGGGCCAGAAUGAGUUCACGGAGCUGGAGGUGGUGCUGCAGGACAGCAGGAGGAAGGAACUUAUCAACCAGGCGCACAUCAUGAAAACGGGGGAGCAUCUCAACCAGCAACUCACCUGGGACGUCAUCUCUCAGAAGUACUGGUGGAGAGGUAUCCUGAAGAACGUUAAAGACCACAUCAGAGAGUGCCCACUCUGUCAGAGCAGACGAGUCGUCGACGACGGCUCCGGACCCCGACCGCUGUCCCGMCAGGGACGCCGCAAGGCCGGGGCCAGCGUGAUCGACGAGGAGUACGAGGAGGAGGAGGAAGAUGAAGGAGACGACAGUUUAUUCGUCACAGAUUUGAAUUCCUUGCCGAGAUCUAAGUUCACCAAGGGCACGACGAAGCACGAGGUGGUCUUCGUUGACAGUAAGGGCGAGGUGAAUCAGUUCCUGCCCAAACACAGCCAAACCAUGAUGGACAAACUGAACCAGCAGCGACUCAGCAACCAGUUCUGUGACAUCACUCUGCUCAUCGAGGGGGAGGAGCACCGCGCGCACAAAGCCGUCCUGGCUGCCUGCAGCGAGUAUUUCAACGAGCUGUUCUUUGAGAAGGGAGCAGCGACCACACAUGAAGCCGUGGUCGACCUGUCUGGAUUCACCAAAGCCACCUUCCUCCCACUGCUGGAUUUUGCGUACACGUCCACGCUCACGUUUAAUUUCUGCGUCAUGGCCGACAUCGCCAACCUGGCUCGGCACCUGCUGAUGACCGAAGUGCUGCAGAUUUGCGAGUCGGUGCACAAACAGGUGGAGGAGCAGAAGCUGAUGGUGUACCAGAGGAGCAAGCCCCAGGUGGUGGUGACGGCCCCAUCGGCCGACCGGGAGGAUCCCGAGGGCCCGAUGGAGGAGCCGGACACCUACAUGGUGACCAUACAGGACGACGGCAGGGCGGUGGUGACACAAGGCCCCGUCACCGUUUCAGUCGCCCAGAGCAGAGGCUACGUCCAGCAGCCGGRGGAGGUCGUAGCCCAGGAUGUGACGGGAGAGGCGGUGCAUGCUGGGGAGGCRGGGCCGAACACGCUGAUGGCUCACAGCGGGCAGGUGGAGGCCGGAGAAACCGUCGCUCUGAUCGCAGGCUGUGACGAGGGCAUGGAGGGCGAGACCCUGACGGUGGUCACCCACAGCGGGCAGGCGGGGGCCAGCGAGUCCCUCGCCGUGGUGUCAGCCUGCCUGGCGAUGGAGCAGCCGCAAGUUGCCGAGGCCGAACCUUUUCUCGUCAGCGAGGACAGAGAGAGCCCCCCACAGGUGAAACCAGUGUCCAAAGAGACGAGCCCCCAGCGUGAAGCCAUGGAGGUCCCAGCCGCAGAGCCGGCCCCCGCACCCCCGAAACGCAAACGAGGCCGCCCGGCCAAGCUGAAGAAGGAGGCGGAGGAGCCGGCGCCGCAGGAGGAGCAGCCCUCCGCAGACGAGGACGGCGCCGACAGGCAGGAGGCGYCCUCGGAUGAUCCGAGCAGACGGCGCCUGCGGCAGCGCUCCAUGGUGGAGGGCAGCUACGCUCGUCUGCAUAUGGGGCUGGAGGAAGAGGAGGAGGGCAAAAGUACAACCCCCCCUCAUCCCUCCACCCCCAAAGUUCAGAACCAGGUGGGCCCGCGGCAUGGGAAGAGGGGCCGACCACCGAAGAGAGCAGCAGAGCCUAAAGAGGACGAUCAGUCUGUGUCUGAAUCUGUGGCGGCAACUGAGGUGGUGGAGACCAUGAAGACAGAGGAGCUCAGCGCCGAGGAGGCUGCCGCUGGUGUGAAGCCCACCCGAGAACAGAGCGCCGUGGACGGAGAGCACACCUGCGCCGAGUGCGGCAUGUCCUUCGACAGACGCUACUCCCUCAUCAUGCACACGCUGAAACACGAGAAGUCCCGUGGAUACAAGUGCAGCCUCUGCAGCAAGGAGUUCCAAUACGCCGCCUCGCUCCAGGCCCACCUGGCUCGACACAAGCAGAAGAGCAGCCGGCGAGCGUCCAUCUCCAAAGUCUCGGCCGAAAGCGGCUCGGAGAGCAAAGCGGACGACGACGCCGACGCGGCGGCGUCUCAGGUCAAGCGGGAGUUUAUGUGCGACAUCUGCGGGAAGGUUUUACCCAAGAUGUACUCGCUGAGGAUCCACAUGCUGAACCACACGGGCGUGCGGCCUCACUCCUGCAAGGUGUGCGGCAAAACCUUCGCCCACAAACACAGCCUGAAGAUGCACCGAGCGCUGCACGACGUCACCAAGCAGUUCCAGUGCGGCUACUGCAAGAAGUCGUUCGUGAGCAAGAGGAGCAUGGAGGAGCACACCAGCCUGCACACAGGUGAGUCCAAGUAUCUGUGCAACACAUGUGGCACCACCUUCCACCGAGCCUCCGCUUUGAGCAAACACCUGAAGAAGCACCAACCCAAACCUGACGUCCGUCCAUUCGCCUGCAAUCACUGCGAGAAGAGCUUUUAUGAAUCCAAGGACCUCCAGCAGCACAUGAACAAACACAUGGGCCUGAAGCCGUUCCAGUGCCAGGUGUGCGGGAAGUGCUACAGCUGGAAGAAGGACUGGUACUCCCACGUCAAGUCCCACAGCGUGUCCGAGCCCUUCAAGUGUGAUGUGUGUGGGAAGGAGUUCUUUGAGAAGGCUUUGUUCAGGAGACACGUGAAGAAGGCCACGCACGGCAAGAAGGGCCGAGUGAAGCAGAACCUGGAGCGAGUGUGUCAGCACUGUGGCAGGAAGUUCACUCAGCUGCGAGAGUACCGACGCCACGUCAACAACCACCAGGGGGUGAAGCCUUUUGAAUGCCUGACCUGCGGCGUGGCCUGGGCCGACGCUCGCUCUCUCAAGCGUCACGUCCGGACCCACACGGGCGAGCGGCCGUACGUCUGCCCCUUGUGCCAUGAAGCCCACAUCGACGCGCGCACCCUGCGCAAGCACAUGGCCAAGUACCACGCAGACAACAUGCCCGGCAAGAUCAUGCUGGAGAAGGACACCCUGCAGUUCCACAACCAGGGUACCCAGGUGGAGCACGCCGUCAGCAUCCUGGCGUCCGACCUGCCCCCCGAGCUCCGGCCCGCCCAGCAGCCCGCCUCAGAGGAGCUGGAGACCGUGCUGAUCACGGAGGAGACGGUGGAGGCSGUGGAAGCCGUGCAGGCCGCGGGCGACGGCUCGGUGGCGACGCUGUCGGAUCAGGGCAUCAUGCAGGUGGUGAACUACGUUCUGGCCCAGCAGGCCCUGACCGGGGUCAAGACUGAUGAGACGCCCGAGGUGGUGGAGGUGGAGGUGGAGGUGGCUGAGGUGGAGUAAGACUGAACCCGAGACACAAGACUGGAUCACAGGACUCACUGUCGAAAUGUAAAAAGAAUUCUUAAAAUGUUCAUAAAUUAAACAAGUUUGUCUUUCAGCUCUGAGCUGAAAAGUUUCCCACAUUUUUAUUUGUUUCCUGUAAAUAAACUGGAGCAAGAGGCCUGAAUAACAUUAAUGUGUAUAAAAUUUGGCACUCAGGAACAAUAAAGGCAGAAAGAAGACUUG